UUCAGAACGACUACACCUUCCAUUCCGCAGAAAAGCAGGGCAGAAACGGGAAACCGUAGGCCCCACCCCUUCCGCUUCGGACGGCCAACCGCCACCCGAGAGUCGAAGCACUUCCGCCCGAGGCAGACGAAACAGGAAGUGCUGGUUAAGUCCAGCCCUUCGCCACCACUCUCUCCAAAAUGGCGGGCCUCCACCGCCAGCUGCAGGACUACCUUGCGCAGGGGAAAGCAGGCAGGCCGACGGACGCGGAGCCGCUGCUGGCGGCGGAGACAGCAGAGGAGCCCGCGGGAAGGAGCGGACCGGCGGGGGCAUGGCUGGGCCGCACAGGCCUGCCGUGGACCUGGACGCGGAGCCCCGCAGAGCCAGCAGCACCUGGCCCAGCCUGUGUACCGAACGUGACGCGCGGGCAGCAGCUGGCGGCUGGCGGCGGGUGUUUGCUGCUAGCCGCGCUCUGUUUUGGCCUGGCCGUGCUCUACGCGCCUGUGCUGCUGCUCCGCGCUCGCAAGUUCGCGCUGCUGUGGUCGCUGGGCUCGGCGCUGGCGCUGGCAGGUGGCGCGCUGCUGAGGGGCGGUGCGCCGUGCGGACGCCUGUUGCGCUGCGAAGAGACGCCGUCGCGGCCCUCGCUCUUCUACCUGGCCGCGCUGGGCGCCACGCUGUACGCGGCGCUGGCCCUGCGCAGCACGGCCCUCACUGUGCUGGGCGCAUGCGCGCAGGUGGCCGCGCUGCUCGCCUUGCUCGUGGGCCUGCUGCCCUGGGGCGGCCCCACCGCCCUGCGCCUCGCUCUCGGCCGAGUGCGCCGCGCCACCGGCCUCACCGACGCGCUCCCAGUGUGAGCCUCGGACCCCUCGCUCUCGGCGACACACCCCGGGGCCACCUCUGGACUGUGCCCGCGAACCGCUUUGAGUAGCUGUUACAAAUUGAGACGCCAGCCCUUCAGGAGCUCGAUUCCAGCGCUGCGUGCAGUACCCGCGAAGCGUGUGCUCACAAAGGACCGAAUGCACUGGUUGUAUUGGUGACACUGUCGCAGAAACGGCUAUUAGAAAUCGCUUAAGCACCGACUGUGGUUUUAGAUUGAGCUGAGUAAAAAGGAAUGGCUCGUCUUUGAAUUAGCUGCUUUUGUGAUUUUCCUCAGGUUUUUUGUUAUUUUUUUUAAAAUCCAAUGGUAGAUGUAGCAAAGCUAUAAUAGCAUAUUGGGUUUGGCUAUUAAGACUUGGGAAUUAUUUUCUCUUACUCUACAGUGUAAAUGAAUCUAGAAGAAAGUCAAAUUAAACACUAAUUUAGGUACUGGAAUUUAAAAACAGACGGUUUACAUCUUUUUUUCUUCAGUUAGCAAAAUAUGGUGCCUUAUAUGGAAAAUUAGUUCUGUAUUAGACAAGGGAAGUAAUGGAACGAAAGAAAUAUUCUGCCUCAGGAAGCAAGGGGUCCAGUAAGACGUAUAUAAAUGCCUGGAGAGGACGCUGCAGAACUUGGGUAGGGGUACUAUGUCCAGAAUUCCCGUACUUGAUGGAAAUGAUGAAUCUCUGCAGGCUCUCAUCAUUCCUAAUACCGAUAUCUGCUUCUAUGCGCAUAGUUCGAUCCUAAUGUGGUGUAUUCUUUUUAUAUAUAAUUGUAUUUCCUUCAUUUUUGGCUCAGUACUUUUAGCAACCUUAAUUUAUUGCCAAAAGAUGUAAGUGCAGUAUUCUGAUGAGUCCAGAAAAACUCUAUGUCUCCUCAGUAGCUAAUACUAGAAAGUAAAGUGUAUUUAGAAUUUAAGAUUCUUUGCCAGUAGUUCUCAUACUAGAGAACAGAAUUACUUGAAGAGCCACACCUCAGAUCGUUUCAUUUAGGAUCUCUGGGGGCGUGGAACCAGGCUUCGCUGUUUGUCCAGCUCCUCAGAAGAUUCCAUGUUCAGCCAAGGUUGAGAACCACUUCGACAGUGGCUUGCACACUGGAAUGUAAUUAUUUUCCCUAGCGGAAUUCCAGUGUUGCCUUAACAGGCAAGCAAAAGAGUACUGCUUCUUCCUCUGGCCCAAAGUGCAGGCACGUUCCCAAGUCCUGUUCAGUUCUGAAGCCCUGCCCUAGGAUGAGGAUGUGGAUGUGGGUGUGACACCGAGGUUGUAAACAUCCACACUGUAGGCUGGCAGGCUCCAUCACUAUGUGGGUCACCUACCUCAGGAGGGUAAACGCCUAGCUUUCCGGGAGGGAUUAAUGUGUCAUUCAUUGGCUGCUCAUUCAAGUCCCCUAGUCGAAUUUCCGCUGUAGUUCUAAAUUUCUCCAGAAUUUAAAUGGCUACAGAUUUUUAAAUGUUCAGCAUAUUUUUAUGUUGAGGCUAUUCUAUUUCUCAAGAUUUCAAAAAUUCAGUUUCCUAAAUUUUCUCAACUCAUUGUUUGAAAAUCUAGUUUUUAUAGGUUGUAAAAAAUAGUUUUUAUAAAAUUCAAAGCACAUCAUCUUGUAUUUUGUUAGUGAUGUUUUUAAAUGCCAUAUAUAUACAAAGUAUUUAACAUACAGAUUUCUAUUUUCUGUAAAUGAAUUCUCAAAAUGUGAUCUGAUUAUCUGCUUUUUGAGGUACUGUUAAAAGUCUAAAAUGUUAAUAAAAAUUUUUCACAUAAAUGAAA